GCAAUACUAUAUACAAUAUAGGUCAUUUAGUAUAAAAGCGGAGUCGACUUCUGGUGACGAUAUUCUGAACAAUUCAGACAAUCAGACAUGUCUUCAUUCAGUGUAUUUAUCCUGUGCCUUCAAGCUUGCUUGAUCCAGAACGCCUUUGCGUGGAUCGCCGAACCAGCCCUCGCACCCUGUCUCGGUAACCAAGCAUGGGGUCCAGCUGGCCCAGCGAUGGGUAUCGCUCCCGCACCAGGUCUCGCUAACCCAGCAUGGGGUCUAGCUGGCCCAGCGAUGGGUAUCGCUCCCGGACCUUUUGCCCCCGCCCUGGCGCCUUCUCCAUUCGCCCCAGCCCCAUUUGAAGCAGGUAUUGCUCCAUACGGCGGUGAAGGUAUCGGUGACGUAGCUGUUGCUGGAGAGAUGCCAGUGGCUGGUACCACUAUGGUAGCAGGACAAGUGCCCAUCCUCGGUGCUGUACGCUUUGCUGGUGACCUCCCAGCUGGUGGUGUGGUAUCUAUUGCUGGAAGCUCCGGAUGUGGAAGAUCUCCCUACAUGUACUAGACUCCAUCCAAGGACGCAAUGUUUCAAUAAAGAACAGUGACUUUA